CACACCAUUCUCAUCUCUCAACCCGAUUUCUCCCAUCUCUUCCGCCGCUUCUUUCGUCAGAAUGGCCGCCGCCGCAGACCCUCCGUCCACGCCUUCACCCGCCGUAGCCUCACAAACAAACUCCGAUCAGAAUCAGAAGCCGUCCCCGACGAAUCCGGUUCCUCCGCCCGCAACUUACGUCGUGCGGAUUCCGAGAGAGCAGAUCCUCCGCUAUCCGCCACCGGAGAACGCCAAAAAGUACGAUAAGCUCCGCCGCGGUGGAAAUCGCCGGAGCUUCUGCUGCAGGUGCUGCUGCUUCACCUCAUGCCUCCUCUUCCUCCUGAUCUUCGCCGCCGCCGUCUCUGCUGGAGUGAUGUACCUCGUCUUCGGAUUCAAAUCGCCAACGUACACAGUGACCAAAGUCUCUGUUCACGGAAUGAAUCUAACUUCGGCCUCGCCGAUCUCGCCGGGAUUUGACGUCAGCAUCAGAGCCGAGAACCCUAACGGCAAGGUCGGCAUCUACUAUCUGAAGGAAAGCGCCGUAAACGUUCUCUACGACGGAGUGACGCUCGGCUACGGCGUUUUAGCCGAUUUCUACCAGCCGAGGAAGAACGUGACGGUGCUGCGGUCGACGGUGGCGGCGAACGACGUCGUCCUCGGUGGUGCCGUUAAAACGGCGUUAAGGAACGCGGAGAGUCUAAGGAGAGUGCCGUUAGUGAUGAGCGUCGAAGCGCCCGUUAAGUUUAAAGUGGGAUCCGUUAAGACGUGGGAAAUUACCGCCAAAAUUAGUUGCGACGUCGUGUUGGACUCGUUGAAUGAAAGAGCAGAAAUUGUUUCCAAGGAUUGUGAUUAUAGCGUUAGACUCUGGUAGGAAUAGGAUAGCGAAGCUUAUUCUUACAACAUAUUAGGAUUAAUUCAUAUUCAUUUUUUUUAGUAGCUUAGAAAAGAUUAUUUAUUGGUACUAAAAAAAAUUACACGAUCGCCACGAAGACAAAAGAUAAAAUUAAAAAAAUUACAGGAUGAUA